AACAUGGUGGUGGUUCGUGGGAAGUAUGCGCGAUAGCCGCUCGCGGGAGGGAGGACGCUUGUGGGCGGCGGUGGUGCCGGCGUGCCGGGACGGCAGGAUGGAGUUUGCGGGGAGCAGAGCGAGCGAGGCCUGGUUGGUGCAGCAGCAGCGGCGGGGUUCGGGCGGCUGCCGGCCGGCGGCGGUGAAGCCGCAGGGAGACGGGUCCCGGCCGCUGCCCAACCAUGCCGGCUGGAACAACGUGGCCCGGAAGAGGAAGGCGCCGGGAAUACCGACCGGCGACUGGGGCUUGGUGCCGAGCUGGGGCGGCGUUCCCCGGGGCCGGGACGCCGGGACGUGGCAGGAGGGGGGCUGCGGUUUUGCCGGGCCGGCGGUGAGCUGUGCCGGGGGGUCGUGCCUGAGGCGACGGCGCUUCCAGAAGAGGCGGCGGCUGGUGCGGGCCCUUCACCUGCUGCUGUACCACCGCAUCUCCCCGCUCACCUUCCACCGGCGGCUCUGGGGCCUCUUCACUGGAGCGGGGAGGAGAAGGAGGAGGAGAGCGGUUCGCCGGCACACCGGUGAGGCGCUGACGGGCGGGGGGAGCCACCUGUUGCGCCGCCAAACGCUCCCAGAGGCCGGGGAGCUGUUCCGGACUGUGCCGGGCACUGGCGGCUGCGGGCCGCUGACGGAGAGGGGUACCCGCCCCACAGACGGGAACGCCGGCCUCUGGCCAAAGCCCACUGCCAAGCCGCCCCUCGCCAAUUGCCAGCCCUCGCCCAUCGACUACCGGCUGCUGACUCCGGCCUCCGACAGGUUCGGCGUUCCCUCCGCGGUGAAGGACGUGGCCGCAUCCCCGGCCCGGGGCGGCAUGGCGGAGCGUGGUGAAGCCUCGAGCGCCAGGCUGCUGGGCAGGCUGAACGCUGACCGCGAACACCCCCUGUACUCCCGCCUGCUCGCCCGACAGAAGGAUGCCCUGCAGCUGUGCCAGGCCGAUGCCAGCGGUGACACCGUCAGCCUCGAACAGCCCAAGGGCGGCACGCCGAACCGCGCCAAGCCGGCAGAAGCAGGGAGCAGCAACCGGGAGCCCGCUUCCGGAGUUAGAGGUCUUGCCGAGGCGGUGGAGGUGAACGGGCACGCGGCGAGUGACCCCGACGAUGUCCAGCGGUCGGAGGGCGGCGAUGGGGGACGGCGGACGUUGGCGGAGGACAAAGCCAUCGUCAUCAGCCACGUGUGCAGCAUCGGCGAGCAGAUGGCCGAGCAGCUGUUUGGCGGCGAGGAGGACGGGGCUGCCGGCGGCAAGCACGGGCUGCCCGGCGGUGCCGGCGACUCAGAGACAGAGGGCAGCGCGCCAGAGCAGCCUAGGACCGGCACCAACCACGUGGCAGUGAUGAGCGACGAGCACGUCACCUGCAUUCACGGCCUCCUGGACGAGUAUAUCCAAGCCUACGGCAGCCUCAUCCCGCUCAACACUGACGAGGUCGUCGAGAAACUGCAGGAUGUCUUUGAAGAAGACUUUGCUACUCCCCACAGGAAGACGAUGAUCCACCACGUGAUGCAGUCCUACCACCGGAUGGUCGGGAACAGCGCCGUGCGCAACUUCCGUGUGACCUACAAGAGGCACGUGCUCACCAUGGAUGACCUCUCCACUCUGUAUGGACAAAACUGGCUGAAUGAUCAGGUCAUGAACAUGUACGGAGAUCUGGUUAUGGAUACCGUCCCUGACAAAGUUCACUUCUUCAACAGCUUCUUCUACGACAAGCUGCGGACAAAGGGAUACGACGGAGUGAAAAGAUGGACCAAAAACGUUGAUAUCUUCAACAAGGACCUGCUGCUAAUCCCCAUUCACCUGGAGGUUCACUGGUCCCUGAUCUCAGUCGAUGUGCGGCAGAAGACCAUCACCUACUUUGACUCCCAGCGCACUCUCAACAGGCGGUGCCCCAAGCAUAUUGGAAAGUACCUCCAGGCAGAGGCGAUAAAGAAGAACAGACAUGACUUCUACGAAGACUGGAAGGGAUAUUUCAAAAUGAACGUGGCGAGGCAGAACAACGACAGUGACUGUGGAGCCUUUGUCCUGCAGUUCUGCAAAUGCCUGGCUCUGGAGCAGCCGUUCAGCUUCACCCAGCAGGACAUGCCCAAGCUACGACGGCAGAUCUACAAGGAACUCUGCAACUGUAAGCUGACUGUGUGAGGGGGGGAGGGCCCCAGCGGCAAGGGGUGAUCGACCGUCCACCCCCACCCCUUUCACGGACAUUACAAAGGACGAUACGAGAUGAGAAGGUGUGAGCGAUGAUACAACCUCGGCCUUCACACACGUCCAACUGGUUUCCUCUCCUUUUUUUUUUUAAAGAAACGAAAAAUCUUUUUUUUUUUUUUUCUAUGCCAUAUUUGUUCAGUAUUGAAGUGUUGAACAUUUUUGAGAUUCUGGUUAACUGUGUUGUGUUAUCACAUCAGGAUCACGGGACAAAGAACAUCGGCGGGCGGUGGUGGCUGGGGCUGAAGGAGUCUGUUCACAGGGUUUGUAAGCUGGGACAAGCGGGGGGGGGGGGGUUGGGGAGUGUUCUGUGUGUGAGUGUGGGCGGAGGGGAGGGGGAACAGGCAGACUUUCUCCACCUGCUUGGAACUGAGGCUUGUGUCCAUCGAGCCGUGGCUGCUUUGGACGUGGGUAGGAGAGGCCACCGUCUAACUGCUGGUUAACCAGUGGCUGGCAGGGACGGGCGUGGGACAGGGCGGCCAAAUGUGCAUCCAGGCUAAAUGAGUUUGACCGUAGCGGAGAUUCACUCACUCUCCAACCACCAACCCGACUUGGAGACAGUUGUUUGGUGCUCUCUUUCAUGUGUUAUUCUGUUUUCUGUAGGUUUUUUAUACAUAUCUAUAUCUAUAAAAGCUGGAAUUUGACCAGUGACCAAAAUGAUUUGAGGGGAGGGGGGGGUGGGGAAGCACGUCACCAACACCAGUCCGUGUUGGCAGAGGGAAAGCUGGGUCUGUUCACCCCCUGGAGACCACGCUGCAUGGUAGCGGCGCUUGAUUCAGCUUCACUCUGGGAGGGAGGGAGGGAGGGAGGAGGGAAGCUGGCUGGACAAAAUGGCCAGUUCCAGUUGAAGUGUGAUAUUUCUCCUCACCAAGGUCCGUAUCAGCAGCAUGAAGCGGAUCACCUUCUGACCAUCUCCAGAUUUGCUCCCGGGUCAGUCAGCACCAUUGGGUUUGAGGAUGUUUGUUUUUCUUUUAUUUAAAGUUCCUAAUGGGAAUUAUUCACGAUGGAUCCUUGGCAUUUGGCUGCGUUUUGAGUAGUCCCUGAUACACUAAGUCAUUUUUUUUUUCUGUGUAUGAACACAAGUGGCUGUUAUUUUCUUUUGGACGUUACUUCUUUAAGCUGUGGUAUGAAAUGUAUUUUGCUGGUGCCAUCCCUGUUAAAGCACUGUCUCACACGAUGCCCUUGCAUUCACCGAUGUCCUCGACAGUUGGAGCAGUAGUGGUUCACAGUGAGGUUGCUUUGUUUGUUAACCCUUGCCCUUGCCCACGCAGCACGGACUGAGAGGAGGUGCGUUUUUCUAUCACCUGGCUGUGAAUUAAGCAGGAUGGACACAGAGUGCUGGAAUAACUCAGCGGGUCAGGCAGCGUCUCUGGGGAACGUUUCGGGUUGGGACCUUUCAAUAGACCGUUCCCACUACAGCCUCCUUCCCUC